AUGGCCCAGCGGUGGUACGCGGCGAGCGAGGCGCGAUACCUGAGCACGACGGACGAGCAACCGCUCGUGGAGGCGAGGGAGGACUUUUUAGAUUUUAAGAGGUACGGCGACCUCAAAGAGUGCGCGCUGAAACAUCCCAAAUUGCGCGUCAAGGGUGGGUUAAACGAUGCCGGGUUUAGCAAGACGCGAGGUUUCGUGGUGAAGUUCAAUCUCGAGGGCGUGGAUAAGUUCAAGGCGUCGCCAGACUACGAGUGCUUCGCGUCGGUGUUUGACGAAUUGCGGCUACCCGACGCCAACGCAUUCGUGAUGAAUAUUCUGUUGUGCGAGCUCGGUGAUUACGACGCGUACAACGCAGAAGAGCUUUCGGUGGGGUUACAUUUGGAUACCACGGUCGGAAUUUACUCUCGUCACAUGUUCAUAGCCCACCAAGUCUCGGUGCUGUACAACAGCGUGCCGAACGACAUGGUCGGCGGAGAGUUAGAGCUGUUCCCUUACGGCGAUGGAUACCCCGACACCGGCGCGGCGCCGGAGAAGAAGAUUCGUCCGAAAGAAAACAUGCUGGUGAAUUUCCGCGGCGACGCGUUCCACCAAGUGCGCUCGUACAAGACGCGCUCGGGCUCCGAGCGCGUGUCCCUCGUGCUCGAGCAAUACGUCAUCGACGACGACGCGUACGGCAAAACGAUGCGUUUUUUCGAGGCGUUCAAGAGUAAUAUGACGAUGAUGUGA